CCACCUUAUUAAUCCCAUCUUCACCAAGUUUCUACAAGGAUUCGUAAACUCUUCAAUCAUUGUGAUUACAUCUUCCCCAUUUCCUAGAAGCAGAACGGUAAACCGAUAAAACGAGGCGGACGCCUAGUAACAUCUAGCUAGUUUACAAGGAUGCUGAUGAGUAGGGUUGUUCAGUUGGAAGAAGGUAAAGAGAUUGUAGUUACGAGCGGCCGGCCAGGGCUAAGCAAGGUGUUACCUUCCAAGUUGCUUCUUGUGCUAGGAUUUUUUCUUGCGUUGACAAUUUUUUUCUUCUUCAUUAGUGUAUCUACCAUCAAGUAUUAUGGUAUAACUAGUGUAGUGACCUCAGUCACUUCUAGUUUUGUGCCUUGCAACGACAGAGGAAAUGAUUUGGAUAAAUGGAUUAAACCUCCUGCGGUUCUCAUGCACAAUAUGAGCGACGAAGAGCUUCUUUGGCGCGCGUCUUUCACUCCUCAGAGAAAAGAGUAUCCGUUUAAUAGGGUUCCUAAAAUCGCGUUUAUGUUCUUGACAAUGGGUCCUUUACCGCUUGCACCGCUUUGGGAGAGGUUAUUAAAGGGUCAUGAAAAGUAUUACUCAGUUUACAUUCAUUCACCAGUGUCUUCUUCAGCCAAGUUUCCAGCUUCAUCUGUUUUCUAUCGUAGGCAUAUACCAAGUCAGGUUGCAGAAUGGGGAAGAAUGACAAUGUGUGAUGCUGAGAGGCGGCUUCUCGCAAAUGCGCUACUCGAUAUCUCAAACGAAUUCUUUAUUCUCCUCUCCGAGUCAUGCAUCCCCCUCUUCAACUUCACAACUAUCUACAAUUACAUAGCCAAAUCAAAGCACAGCUUUAUGGGUUCAUUCGAUGAUCCAAGCCCCUAUGGCCGUGGCCGCUACCAUGGCAAAAUGGCCCCUGAAGUGUCCAUAGAACAAUGGAGAAAAGGGUCUCAAUGGUUUGAGAUUAACCGGGAGCUUGCGGUUUCCGUUGUUAAAGAUACCUUGUACUACCCUAAAUUCAAAGAGUUUUGUACACCCGCAUGUUACGUGGACGAGCAUUACUUCCCAACAAUGUUGACAAUUGAGAAACCAGCUGCCUUGGCCAACCGAACUCUGACUUGGGUCGAUUGGUCGAGAGGUGGUGCUCACCCGGCCACAUAUGGAGCACAAGACAUCAAUGAGGAGUUCUUUGCAAGAAUUAUCAAAGGUGAUAAUUGCACGUACAAUGGUCGCUACACGUCCAUGUGUUCUCUCUUUGCUAGAAAGUUUUCCCCGAGUGCUUUGGAGGCUUUAAUUCAAAUUGCUCCCAAGAUUUUGAGUACGUAAAUGUCACUAACAAAAAUCAUGAAAUUAACAUUUAUAGAAUUGUAUGUGGAGCUGAGAUGAAUUAGCUAGUAAACGAAGAUUAUUCCACGUGUAC